AUGCAAAGAGCCAAGCAGGAGGCCUCCCAUAAGGCCGAGCUGGAGCGCAGCAGGGCUCGAGAUCUGGAGCGGCAAGUGGAGCAGCUCACAGCCGAGAGACACAAGCUGCAGAGCCAUGCAAAGAGGCGGAUGGAGCAGGUGCAGUGGCUGGAGAGGCAGAGAGACGAGCUGGAGGAGGCUGUCAUCGGCAUGAAGGAAGAGGCGGAUGGGCAUGCGGAAGCAGCGAAGGUUGCGCAAGCAGAGGCGGCAGAUCUGCGGCAGCGGCUGAGGCUGACAGAGGCUGAGCUGCAGGCUACUGUGGCUGGCAGCGACUGCGCAGCGCAGGACAUAAGGGAGAUGAGGCAGCAGCACGAGAGGAGCGAUGCAGAGCGGCAGCAGCUGCGAGAGAGGGUCACCUCCUUGGAGCAUGCAUUGGCCGACGCAGAAGCAGCGCUUGCACAGAACAGGAGAUUAGCUUAUGGCGAGUUGGGGCCCAGUGAGAGGGAGGCGGCUGCGCGGGACAGGGCCGAGAUGCAGCUGCUGCAGGGGGAGCUGUCGGGCAUGCUGGGCAAGAUGCAGCUGGCCAAGACCGCACUCUCCAGCGCCCAGCAUCAGGUGGCGCACUGGAAGCGCAAGGCAGAACGGCUGGAGCAGGCGGCCGAGGCGCAGGCCAAGGCGGCAGUUGUCGAGAAGGAGAACGAGCGCUGCGCCAGAAGCCACGCGCAGCAGGCCGUCACCUGGGUGCAGCGGCUGCGCGCAGAGGUUGUGGCGGCUGGAGAGCUGGCAGAGCAGCUGCAGGCGUCCAAGGCGACACUUGUGCACGAGAAGCUCAACCUCGCGCACGCCUUGCAGCGCAGCACGCAAGCCCUGACAGGCUUAAGAGAGGGUGCGGAGCAGCCGGGCGGAGGGGUGGAAGCGGACAAGGUUGAGUCUGCUGCAUGGGAGGAGGUUGCCAGGGCCAUCCAAAGUGAGCAGGGGCACCUGGGAAAGCUGGAGCUGGAGAUGAGGAGAGUUCUGGCACUUGAGCGGUUACGGCUGUCGGACCUGCGGGAGAUGCAGUGCCUACAGGAGCGCCUAAACUCAGAGAUUGACGUUGCCUGGCGUCUGCGUGAGAAGCUGGCUGAGCAGAAGCUGCAGAGCGUGAGUCUGCAAGACUGCGAAGGAGAAGGAGGAUAG